AUGCUAACAUCAACUGCUCUCUUAGCGAUAUCCCUACACCCGGUGACAGCCGCCUUGCCUCCUACCUACUUCAACCUCACCUCGACAAACGACUUCUGCACCGGUCGUGGUCACCCUAGUGCUAUUCUCGAUACCAUCUCUGGAGCAGAUCGUGAGGUGAUGAAGCUCAUGUGCGAGUACUGGCCCGAAGACAAAUGGGGUGCUAUUGAGGACUCCGAUCUGAACGAGGUCGCGGCUUUGGCCGAGAACGGCGAGCUCGCGAAAAUCCGAGAGAAAUCAGUGCAGUGGACGAAGGCUGUGCGGUCGAGCUCGAAGUUCUGUUGGCGAAAACUGAUGAAAAAAAGGGAAAAUAGAAAAGCCAUGUGCGUUGGUCCCGGCCUUAGUGGUAAUUCCCCCGGUCUCGGGUGGAAAUGCAAAAGAAACUGUCGAGACUUCUGUCGAGACGAGUUUCAAAAUCACCUAGGGAAGACCAGUCGUCUGUUCUGGUGUAAAUGCCCUAUGAACGGCAGUUUUGGUCGAAUCGUCGAUCCCCCUUGUUCCGAAGGAGAGUCCCUUAUAAUGGGUAAAUGCUACAAACCAUGUCCGGCUGGUAUGCGGCCUAGCCUCAUCCCAGGCAGAUGCUCUACUGAUUGCUCCCAUAACACCAACGGUUUGGUAAAGACGUGCGGUCUCGGUUGUUCGCGAUCGGCGUUCGAGUGCGGCACUGCAAUAGGCGCCAUGGUGGCUUUCGUGGGGGCUUCAGUACUUGGAGCCUCUGCUGAGCUCGCACCACCCCUGGCCUCUAGCAUCUUGCUGGGCUUGUCGAAAAUGAUCGCCUUAGUAGCUGAGGUUAUUCAAGGCCUCUCUAGUGAGAUAAAGAACCUACUACGAGGUCGAGGGCUGAACGUGGGCCGCUUGGUCAUGAUGGGCGCUAUGAUGUUCACGUACUUCACUGAGAUGGAUGCCAAUCCUGACACGUUGUUGAAGGGCGCACUGCCGUACUCGGAGUCGAUCCAUGGUAUGAUUAACCUGGCUAAUCAACCGAGGUCAGAGCGUGUCAAGGUCGGUAUUGAAAACUUGAUGGGAGUUAUUCAAGAGAAAUUUAGUGCUGUGAGUGGCAGCAUCGUGAACAUCUUUGCGGCUUUCUCCCAACCUCAGUGUACAUGA